AUGUCUCGUCCGCAAGUCGCAGCAGACGCUCGAUCACGCUGUGAGACGAAACCCCGAAGCAACGCGCUGCAGCUGUCGGAGGAUUGUCCUGCGUCGGGGGCGAGCGAAAGAGGAAGAUGCCUGGCGCUUGUCAAGAGCUUCUGCGCCGAAACUCGCCUGUCACGUCUAGAGAUCUCCGCUAUCUUGGGUGCGGAGCCGUUGAAGUCCCGUUCGUUCGUGACGAGCUUCCGAGAUGUUUACCGAAAGAUCCUGGCGGGUGGGCUCGGAGAAGACCGCGACGACGGCCGCGAGUGCGAGGCCGAUGGAGACCCUCGGCGUCUUGUGGCCUUCCGUAUCGCCAAACGGCUGGUGGACAGAGAGUGCGACAAGCGACAGAGUGCCCCGAAGGGAAAGCAGGGUGUCACGAAAAGCCCCAGGCUGCAAGCACAUGAUGCGCGCCAAGCACUCGCGGAGCUCAACGCUAGUGCAGUAUGGAAGGACCAUGCCUCGAUCAUCGCUGCUCGAUCAGCGGGGAGAGAUAAGUGCCCUGGUGAGCGCCAGUCAGCCCUCGAUUCGCCCCAGAUGUUCGAGCACGAGAGCGUGGACGAGUCCCGGAGGAAGUCUUCUGAGUGUCGCAGCAAAAAGAGGAAGCGACCGGUACGCACCGCCGGAGACGACAGCGGUAGCGAGGGCAGAAAUAGGAAGGAGCCGCAAUGCAUGUGCGCACGCCGUCGAACGUCGGCGUCCCGAGGUGUGCCGCGGCAAGCAGACGAUUCGAGCGAUGGCUCGAGGUACACCACGGAGAUCGGCACAGAACGUGGCUCCUCGUCACCAUCGAGCGUGAACCCGGACGGCGACGAUGGUUCUUCGUGGAGCAGUCCGGAUGUUCUCGUUAGCACGGACGUUCACCAGCCUGACACCUCUUCGAUUGUCAUACCGUCGAAGGGUGCUACAGGUGUACGCAAGCAGCUGAUCCCGAAUACGCGUACGCGAUGGCGAGAGACAACGCCGGAUCGGGGCGCGACCCAAUACAGAACACCCGCAGUGACGGCCAGCUCGAGUCACGGAAGCGGACUGCCUUCGUUCGAGGAUUCGGCGUGCAUCGACUUGACAAGUCGUCCGGAUCCGCCAUGGACGGAAGCAACGGAAGAUCCCGGCAAACAGAGUGCCGUACGGUCGCUCGCCGAUGGACAGUGGCUGACCACGACAGCCGUGCUGCACGGAGCCGCACUGUUCAAUCCGAGUGGCAAGGUCUGGCACGUUCCGGAGCCCGUCGUGGUCACCGGAGGUGGGUCGCCACGGCGACGCUUGGAAUCUUCUCAUCAGGACAUCGUUGUUUUUGUGAAUUGGCACAGCUCCCACUGGACCGUGGGUAUCACUUUCACGGCCACCGGAGAGGUGUGCCUAUAUGACCCUCUACACCGCGAAAGUUACAUCGACGGCACGUUCGAUCGGGUCGUUGCUCUCGCUCCCUCGCUUCCAGGACGAGGCUGGAGAAGAUCGGCAGGCCGCAGCCAGCUCAAACAGGACAACAGCGAUGAUUGCGGAAUAUAUGCCAUCGUCUUCGCAGCUUAUACCAUGUGUGGCGAGCCGCUGCCGUCGCGCAUCGUGCCCGAAGUCUGGCGCGCGCUCCUUGCUGAGACCCUUGCACCCAGCGCGGAGGUCAAGCCUUUGUUCAAUACCUCCCCCGCGCAGGGCACCACAUCUAUGGCGCGAGAGAUCGUCAGCCGGCAGAAGAGAGAAUGGACAAAACCAUUGGCGUUGCUCCAAAAGAGGGUGAUGGAGUACGAGCAGAAGAAAGCAGCCGUGCGAGCUCUUCUCCGUGAACCGCAUAGCCUGUCUCUUCCCGGCCAGCGCAUGGCCAGUCAGGCGAUCGCAUACAGCAAGUUCCAGCAAGCUGCGUGCGGCUGGGCCAUUGAGAAAUUGACAGCGGCGUGCUGA